AUGCCUCUACGCCCUGGUCCCAGAAAGCGCUCCAACUCCAUCAAUCCUUCACCCAGUUCUAAGCAACAAAAAGACUCGACAUCAACAACAGAAGGAUCAGGCAGUAAGGCCUUGCCGUCUUCGACUGAAUGGGCGUCUCAGCGCUUUGGCUUCGAUCAUUCUUCAUCAAACCCUUCUACUCCACCUUAUCUUGGUACGCCAGAGACGACUCCUAGAAUUUCCAGAAUAGCUUCAAAUGAAAAAAACCGUAGCACAUUAUCUAGUAGUACGAUAGACAGCCCUUCUCACACUUUCUUCGAGUAUGAACUCGGGCAAGGUUGCGCUCGCGCCGGCUCACCAUCAGGUCGUCACUUUCUUUCACCAAGCCAAAGUGAUCAAUCCUUCUCCAUCAUGAACUGCUCAGCCAAGUCAUCUUCCUCCCCUGAUCGCAGGGAAGACACUCGUAUUGAAUUUGAGCGUUCUGGCAAUCCACCGUGCUCCCCUGCUGCCGGGAUUUCUUCAUCUGUUGCCGUUACAGCAACGGUCACAAUAACCAGCACCGCUGUUCCUCCCGCUGGCUUCUCUCGCACCGGUCAACCAACUACUCACCGCCGACUCACUAGUCUUGACAACGCCAAUCGUCCACAGGAAUUUACGCUACGGAAAACUGCUCCUCCACCCAUCAAUGUGCCUGCACUUACUUGGUCUGAAAAGCCCAUAGAUUUUCUCACGGCAUCCUCUAGCGGCUCGUCAUCUUCUGAUCCACCUCGAAGCUUUAUAUACACCUUUCUUCGUGGUUGGCCAUCUUCCAGUUCUGGUUAUGAGAAUAGCGCUAGUCACUCCGAUAAAAAAGACUCGCUUUCCUUCCGCUAUUUAAUUCGCACUUUCUUAUUCUUACCGCUCGGGUUUCUUCAAUUCCUACUUGCUCCAUUUGGAUCACUUAUUUUUAUUCCAGAAUUCUUACAUUCUUCAACGAUUUCUAAAAGCUCUGGUUUCUCACCUCAUUCAAAACCUCGCGGAAGAAAGCUCCCCAAUCUACUCGCGCUCUUAUAUGUUUUCUUUUCUAUCACAAUCUUCAGUCAAGAGAUGUGCGUGAGAUUCGGCUUGGUCACCAGUAAGAGUCAAGGGAAAUUCAAAGCCUUGAAAGCGCGCCUGGUCAUUCGAAAAGUAGAAGAACUAGCCUGGGUACGCGACUGGGCUUCAGCUCGGUUUGGAACAAACGAAAAUGCUACCUCGUUGGUGAACCCUUCUCCGGUAUCAGUCGAGGAUGUCAAGUCACAAGAUACAGCUUGGGAUCCAAACGUAGCUCUCAAAAGGAGACCUGUCGAGAUCAAUCAUAGUAGCUCGGGAGGUCGUCUAUCUGGUCAGCUCAACUUGAACGCAGAUCCGUUCAGUAUAUUUCCACAUGCUGCAAGAUUUGCGAAGAUGCACUCUAAGCUUGGCAGUGAAUUUACCUCCGACAUCAGCCCAUUUUUCUUCAAGUCGACUAACCCUGUGGAAACCUCUGCAAUCACUGCGUGUUUGUACACCAACUCCUUCUGGCUUGCUCAGCUACCCGAUUUCCUUACUGAGUGGCCUGGUCCCAUCAGCCUGGUUGUGGAAUCUACCUCAUCUGAUCGCCACGAGUUGAUUUCAGCUAUUGAGCGUCUACGGGUCGAUAAUCCAGCUAUCCGAGCCCUCGUUGAUUUCCAUCUCGUCUUUAAUGCCGUUUCUGAUCUACGCCGCGAUCACACACUUCAGCGUAUGCUCACCGCCCCGCUUGCGACAAAUGCUCACCUCAAUCUUGCACGUUUCUUCAGUCGAACUGACCUUGUUUGGCUAGUUGGAGAUGCUCGGGUCACGCCUGGCGCUGGUCUUUACCAGAGUCUGGUGGAUGACGCCACAAUUCGUCGUCGAGUGCUCGACUACGGCGAUGCAAUCGUUGUACCUACAUUUGGUAUAGAGCGCAACAGAAAGGCUAGCCCAAUCCCGAAAGAAAAUAUUGAUACGGAGACUGCAGUGGAAUACUUGAAGAGCGAAUUCACCUCACUAAAACUGCCUCGUUCAGAAUGGCCUACGAGCAAGGAAGGACUAGUUAGCCUAGCUGAUACGGACGAACCACACGAGACUCCAAUUUCUCUCUUUGACCGUUCUUGGCAGCCGACCAAGGGCCCAACAAACUGGCCAUUAUGGAAAAUAUUGAAAGGUGAUGAGCUUCUUCAAAGGUCUGCUGAAGAAGGUGGUGGAAUUGGCCUAGGAGUAGCGCCAGGUAAAGUAGGAGGAGGUGAUGAACUCUACAGAGUGUCUAAUUACGAAUUGAACUACGCACCGAAUCUCAUAAUGUCACGGGAGGGUCAGGCGUGGUGUACUGAACGCUUCGAAGUCAACAAAGCAGCUUGUGUUUACCAGAUGUAUCUAAGUGGAGCGGAGCUGUGGGUCACCCCGCGUGGAUGGGCUUUUACGCUGGAGAGGAUGCACGUUAAGGCUAGGGAAUUAAACGACGCUCAGCGCUUAAUGGAUUCAAUCUCUUCCAGGCUAUACACCAAGUUUCACCAGGAAGCUUGCAUGCAAUAUGGGCGAGAGUUCAUAUCGCUGGGGAUUUGGGACGACGAGAGGGCAAGCCAUCUACGGGCAAUGUGCUCAAAGGUUCUCACGUCAUGGGGCGUUGGCGCAAUCACUCCGGGAAAGCAUUGA